AUGGUCUCCACAAACCAUCAAGGCAUCAACCAUCACCUCCCCUCUUUCUCUUUCACACACACAACACACAACCACCCAAAAACACACAGAUUUGUAUUUUUCAGAGGCCCAAAAGUGUACCCGCACGCCCCUCAUCCUUUUUCUCGCCUUUCCUUGAUGCCCUUUACUCUUUUCUUUUCUAAAAGCCAGAUACUUGCUCCAAAGCUUUUGAAGAUCGAAAAAGUUAGACUUUGA